UGGGCGUGAAUGUGAAAUGCGAUUAAUUUGUGUAAAUAGAGCAAAAUGAGAAAAAGUUAGAUACGCAGGCAACGCGAGCUGCACCUUCAAAUUCAAGUAGAAGGACACUCGUGUAGUGAUUCCGACUUCCGCCAUGAAUUCUCUGCUUAAAAUCCGCAGGCCUAUUGGCUCGUUCUAUCUGCAGCGAUUCUCCUCUCUACUUACAUAUGCCUCGAACGAGAAGAGACACGAAGCUUCAUCCCUGGAGAAUCCUAACUUCAUUCACUCCUCAGCUAUCGUUCACCCAAACGCCCUGAUUGGCCAGGGUGUUUCGAUUGGUCCUUUCUGCACCGUUGGAUCGUCUGCUAGGCUUGGAAAUGGUUGUCAAUUGUAUCCUGGAAGCCAUAUUUUUGGAAAUACAGAGUUAGGGGAGCGCUGUGUUUUGAUGACUGGCGCUGUGGUUGGUGAUGAUCUUCCAGGACUUACAGUUUUAGGAAAUAAUAACAUAAUUGGUCAUCAUGCUGUGGUUGGUGUUAAAUGCCAAGAUAUGAAAUACAAGCCAGGGGAUGAAUGUUUUCUUGACAUUGGUGACAACAACGAAAUCAGAGAGCAUGCUUCAAUUCACCGAUCUUCCAAACCAAGUGAUAGAACGAUUAUAGGAAAUAACAACCUUAUCAUGGGGUCUUGUCAUAUUGCCCAUGACUGCAAAAUCGGCAACAAUAACAUAUUUGCUAAUAAUACCCUUCUAGCUGGUCAUGUUAUUGCGGAAGACUAUACUCACACUGCUGGUGCUAUUGUUGUUCAUCAAUUUUGCCAUAUUGGUUCAUUUUCUUUCAUCGGCGGCGGAUCUGUGGUUUCACAAGAUGUACCUAAAUAUGCAAUGGUGGCUGGAGAAAGAGCUGAGCUUCGUGGUCUGAAUUUGGAGGGUCUUCGGCGGCAUGGAUUCACAGCCACAGAGGAUCGGAUCCUUAGGUAUUGUGGUUCGCUAGUAUCUCGGGCGGUUCUACCUCGUCUCACACGGGUAGCUCUUUCCUCGCAGACCCACUAGUUCUGCACAAUUUGUCUGACUCAGGGUGGCUCUGAUACUAAUUAUUGUCACACCCAUUCUCUAAUCUGUAGAGACGGAUAUGACUCAAAAAACUGAUAGAAUUUUUUCUGAAUAUGUAUAUAUAAAUACGUAUAACCUGCUACAAUUUUAAAAUAUUAAAACAUAGAAGAGAGGACGGAUGACUGGUCUAGUCAAUUCAUAAUAUAUUUACUCCAAACAAAAUACAUCCAGCACUUGAAUAUAUAAUUUAUAUAUUAUCUUCCAAAAUUAUAAAAAAUUACAAAGGACUUAGGAUUGACCCGACCUCCACUAGACUCUGAGCGGACGAAGUGAAAGGACAAAACUAGAAGAUAUAGACUGCUAGGAGUGAAUCACCAAAAAGAAUAUGUAAUAUUAAAAGUGUAAGGGGUGAGUACAAUCUACUCAAUGAGCAGAUAAAUAAAUAACAAAUGGGAAAAGAUAAAGUUUAAGUACUUAAUAAUACUAAAUAUUUAGCUAAAAUAAGUCAGCUGAAUAAAUACAAUUUAAUUCAAUUUAUAUAAAUUAAGCUGAAUACAAAUUGCUAAGAUAUCACUGUUGGAUAAUGAAUCCAAAAAUUAUAAAUGUGAUAAAUAAAAUUUGCAUACACUCAUAACAUGCUCCUUGUGGAUAAUGUUGGCAUCUCAGUUGUGAUAAAAUAAAAUAACGACAGUCUGAGAGCAAUGCUGGCAUCUUAGGCUCUAUGAUGACAAUAUUGGCCUAAGAGCUAAUAAAAUACCGGUCAUACACAUGUGCAGAGCUAUCCCCAAAGGGUGACCACUUGACAUACGCCUCAAAGGCUGUCUGUACGCUGUUCCAAAGACAGUAUAAAUAUAUACUAAGCUGAAAAUAAAUUACCUGUCAUCAAGGUGUUAUCUGUUCGGAGCAUAUACAGAGUGUAAUCGGCUAUUUAUUCGGCUGUGCUUUAAAUUCAAUUUUCAUUCAUUCAACAAAUACGAAUUCAUUUUAUCCAUUCCCAAUUUUAAAUAAAUAAAAUAGCAUAUACAUAUAUAAAUAUAUUUAAGAAAAGUAUCAAUGUUAUAUAUUUAUCCACUCACCUGUACCGAGGACAAAAUAGGUUUAGAUUGCAGGAACGCUCCUAUUAUCUAAACUGGGAGUUGGGUCCUCCCCUAGAAUUAAGAAGAAAAAAUAAUAUAUCAAGUGAUAAACAAAUAUUCUAGGAUGAAAAUAUAAAACGUAAAAUGCAAAUUUUAAAUAUAUAUAUAUUUUUAAGAAAAAUUCGGCAAUAUUCCAGUAUAACUAGACCUCUCAAAAUUACACAAACUCAACAAAAAUACACAAUAAACUAUAAAUAUUAUUUGGGUCAACCUAUGAAAAUUAUCAAUCCAAAAAAAAAUAGAAUCUCAUUUGAGUCUAACUAAAAUUUAUUCCCUUUUAAUUUCCAAAUCACAAAAAUCGCUAUUUAAUGGUAGAGAAAAUAAAUUAUAUCGUAAUAAUUUGAAUAAAAGGGAUAAAACUCAUCUAUCCAAAUAUUGGAGCCUCUGAAAAAAAUUAUUGAAUUUAUGGUCAGGAUAUUAGUUUAAAUAAGGAUCUAGCUGAGAAUUUCGGAAGUUUAUGGAUUGAUUGGGUUGGGGAGGAGAUUUGGAUUAAAAAGGAAUUU